AUUUGUGAGGAAAACACUUUGGAAGCAAACAGGAACAAGUCUUGAACGAAUUAGCACAGAUUUAGACAAAUAAAGUUUUGUUACAGCUCAGGAGAGCUGGUUGCUCGACUUGUUCGAGGUCCAUAUUUGGAGGGUGGAAGGUGAUGGGAGGGUCAGUGAGGCAAAUUUUUUGUCUUCAAACCCUCAAACAGAUUAAUCUGGCCAUGACCAUGAGGACGUCUCUCAGCAGCCACAUGUCCGCUCGAAGCAUAUGACUAAAUAACAUUAGUGUUUUCUUUGGCAACUUUGGAAAAAAGGAACAUUGUUGCUCCUAUUACUUUGCAUGUACACGUCUUGCAGUGCAACAGGCAGUGCUGCACUGAGCAACCUCCACUGCCUUCAAAGAGGAUUACUGUUCCCACUGCUUAGCUUAGUUACCUCAAAUUGGGAUAAGAGUAAGGAGAGGUCUUCUGUCUACAGCAGCCAUCUGUCUGCCAAGUGGACGGCGGAGCGCUCACGCUGAUGUCAAUGGAGACAAGCCUGGAGCUCGACGUUUUGAUUUACCAAAAUGAGUUGAGGUUUGCGACUCCGGAGGAGAUCAGGGAAUGGGAGCUGGAGACUGCGAGCCAGGUGUCCAUACCCACCGUGCGACUCUUUGUGGCACUCUACCCGUACAACCCUGCUGCAAUGUCCCCCAACCACGAGACAGCAGCGGAGGAGCUGCCUUUCGUACCAGGGCAGAUAAUCAAGGUGUGUGGAGACAAAGACUCUGAUGGUUUCUAUCACGGGGAGUCGGGUGGUCUCUCCGGUUAUGUGCCGAGUAACAUGGUGACCGAGAUCCCGGUGGACGAUGAGUACCUGAAGCAUCUCCUCAUGCAGCAGGGAUUCCUCCCUGUGGACCACACAGGUAUGUCUACAACGCCGGAUGUGAGCGACGUGGCCAGUAUCCCCGACGAUGUGGUUGUUCGAAGAAUGGUGGCCUUAUUUGACUAUGAUCCUUGGGAAAGUUCGCCCAACGUCGACAGUGAAGUGGAAAUUGGUUUUUGUUCAGGAGACAUUAUAUAUGUGUUAGGUGACAUGGAUCAAGAUGGAUUUUACUAUGGGGAUCUGCACGGGCGACGAGGUUUGGUUCCAUCAAACUUCUUGCAGCCGCUUCCCUGGAAUUAGAAGAAAUCACCAGGACGCCAGGAUGUUUGCUACAAAUGCCAAGUCACAGAGACAGCAAGAAACCAGUUUUUAUUUAAAAGAAAAUAUUCUAAAUUCUCAUUUAGUUUCAUUUGAUAUUAUAAAUAUAUUAUAAGUUCAGCACAGCACCUGCUUCACAUGGGAAAUCCCUGUAGGUGUGUGCAAAUAAGCAACUGCUUUAUUAUCAGUAAUACCAGUACUGGGCAGAAUGCCGCAAGGAAAACAGUCCUCGUCAUACAGAUCUCAGAUAAUUGAUUUAUUGAAACUUUGUAAGGGAAAUUACACAUCAUUAACUGAAGAAAACAAAUACAGAAAAUUACAAUCCUUAGUAUUUCAACAAUUCACUAUGGACAAAAAGCCCAACAUGAGCAAAUGACUGAUUUUGCAAAUUAAAAUUUUACAUAUGCUUUUAAUCAGUAUUAAAAUAUGAACAAAUUAUCUGUAAUCCAUUAUUUUAGCCUUAAUAAUACACUUACAGUCUCAGUUUUAUUUGCAGACUGGAGUGUAUUGAAAUAGUUUGUCCUUAUUUGCCUUAUAUGUUUAUAAAAUAUAUUUUCUAUAAUGGGCUCAUAGUCUUUCCAUAUGGAAUUAUUAGGAGAAAGUGUUUUUAAGUUUUCCAGCUAUUUUUGUUCUAGAAAUUCACAGCUGAACAUUGUAUAAAGGAAGUGAUUAAUGCUAUAAUCAUGUUAUUAAUAUAAAAAACUAAAAUAUAACUUGAAACAGAAAGUGAAAAUAAACUAAUCUGUUCUUCUAUCAAUA